AAUAAUAAUAACGCAGACAAUAACACAAAUAGUAUUUGAAAUAUCUGAUAACGCAUCUCGAUAUCUGAUUUAUACAUUUGCGUAUGUGUGCGAGCGUUUAUAUCACUGAUCGUCCUAUCGGCAUAAUUAUUCUUCCAGGUUUGAAGAUGGUGAAGAAGAAGCUCGAUUUAUCCUCGAUCAAAGAUUUCAAAUCCACGACAACCUUAGCUAACAAUGAUCUUAACUCGACCAAACUCAGUAUGGAAAGUAUGAGCAGCUUAGAGAAAAUAUAUGAUCCUUACGAACACAGAGUGUUACAGCAUCCGAAUACGUUUUCUGGUGCCCUCAUCCAUAUACUGAAAGGAUCUCUUGGCAGCGGCUUAUUGGCUGUUCCGAGAGCAUUCAUGAACGCUGGUUUGGUCGUUGGAGCUAUAGGAACGAUUUUGAUUGGAAUAAUCUGCACGCAUACUGUUCACUUAUUGGUAGCAGCCUCACAAAAAGUAUGCAGAGACACAAAAACCCCUAGUCUCGGCUUCGCUGAGACUGCCGAAGCUGUAUUCAACAAUGGACCGAGAGGACUCAGAAGCUGGUCAAAGUUUGCCAAACUCUUCGUGGAAGUAUCUUUGAUCCUCACUCACUUUGUAGGAAAUGCGGUGUACGUCGUAUUCAUCUCGGAAUCAAUUACAAAACUGGUGGCCUACUAUUACGAGCCCGCCUCAUCCUGGAGCCAGUACGUGAAGCUGGUGCUGCUGUUGCUGCUGAUCCUCUUCUGUCAGAUAAGAGAAUUGAAACAUCUGGUGCCCUUCUCGUUCAUCGCCAAUUUGACCAUGGUGAUCGCUUUGGGCAUCACCGCCUACUACAUGGUCGUAGAGAUGGGACACGUCGACCCCUCCGAGAGGAAUUUAGCCACCAACAUCUCAGGUAUCCCAUCGUUUUUCAGUACCAUCGUAUUCGCCAUGGAGGGCAUUGGGACCAUAAUGCCGGUGGAGAAUACCAUGGUGCAAGAUAAAUUCAUCGGAUGUCCGGGGGUGCUCAAUUCGGCCAUGUCGAUGGUGGUGGUUUUCUAUACCGCAGUCGGAUUUUGCGGCUAUUAUGCCUACGGAGAUGACACGGAAGCUACUAUCACGCAAAAUUUACCGUCGAAAGAAAUCUUGGCUCAAGUGGUGCAGCUGUGCAUCUCCCUCGCCAUCUUCUUCACCUUCAUGCUGCAGUACUACGUACCCAUCGACAUCACGUGGCGACGCCUGGAGCCUCACGUGCCCAAACAGCGGCAACAAGUGGCGCAAGUGGUUCUGCGCACGCUCACCGUUACCUUCAUAGUGGGGGUGGCAGCGGCGGCAGGCAACCAUCUUGGGCCGCUCAUCGACCUGCUGGGCGCCAUCUUCUUCUCCACGUUAGGCCUGUUUAUCCCCUCCUUGCUCGAUAUAGUCGUCAACUGGAAGGAUUGGGGCAGGUGGCAUUGGAUUCUCGUCAAGGAUUUGCUGUUGCUCGUCUUUUUUUUGUUCGGGUUCGUGACGGGGACGUAUUUUGCCGUGCUGAAUUUCUCAAAGGGGUAGGUAUCCCAGAUUAUACUGAUUUCCUUGAGAACUGACGGCCGACUGUCGAAAUGUUAUGCCUUCCCGGCGUCGAGGUGUCCAGGCAGCCGCAAGCCGGCCGUAAUGCACAUUGCCGGCGAUAGAAUUACUGACUCAGAAGUUCUACUGCGGCAAAAAUCCCAAUGCACCAAUGAUGGGAGCGAUCAGUCACUAACGUAUAUGCACUUGCAAAUCCGUAUCAACAUGAAUUUCUCAGUUCGCGGUCAGAUACUUGGCAAGGGUAUAAGGUACUGCAGGCAAAUAUUGCCCAGUGGGUAAUAUGGCCCAAAGUUGACAUUUAAAAAACUUGGGUACUUAUGAGCAAUCUGGCAAUGCCGGCUCUUUACGCAUGCCUGUCGCUCCCAAAGAUUCAUUUCGCGCACACCGCUUCUACAAGUUUUUUGCAAUUUGUAGCCAGAUGAGAACAAGCAGCCGUUGACUGGUGUACACGCUGAUGUAAUAUUCAGGUUAGGUUUCAGUCCACGUAACUCCCAUCUUAUAUAUGAAGCAGAAAGGUGAGUAAGUAUAUUGUUAGCUAUUUUUACAUACCAUGUUGAAUAGGUUCUAAAACUCGACUCUCUUUAUUAUACAUAACAUUUCCUUAGAAAUACAUUUCGAAUAAUAUGGCCCAAUACAAUGGUGGGUUGCAUGGCCCAUGGGCCAUAAUACCCAACAGCGGGCCAUAUUAUCCAACACCAUCGAGUUCAUUGGGAGAAAAUAGUUUCUCAACUCCAAAUCAAUAUUUCAGCUUCCUAAUGGGUGAAAUUUGUCUCCACUUGAAACAAUUGAGACGUUUAAUGACAUGCUCCCGACUCCAGAAGAUGAAAAGAAAAAGACAUCCGUUCGUCGAAUCUUUGGAUUACAAGGCCCAACAGGUUACAAGAGAUCUUUAAAAAUAAUGAUUUGUCAUCUUCUUCAAAGCCCUUGACUCCAUCAAUAUUCAGAAAAUCAAAAUAGCCAAGUCUAUCUCAAGCAUUGCAUCUACUUUUAAAGACCAAUAUACUUUAAAACCAAUAAUUGAAGAGUCUUGGUUUUGUGGUAGUCACAAAGAAGACAAAUUGGAUAUGAAAAGAUGUGUAAAAUUGAACACUUGGUACCAUAUAAAGUAUGUGUUGGGCUAGAUCCUGAAGACUAUGAUGAUGUGGUGUGUUGUUGACUGUAAACCCCAGGUAUUUUAUUAUGAAUUUUAAUGUGUUUUUUUCUUUGUUUGAGUUACCGUUAAUUUACUUACUUUCGUAUGUCUCCGAAUGCUGCUAACUAGAAAUUACAAUACUUCUUUAUAAUUGUUAUUGUAUUUUUUUCAAUGUUUUUUUAUAUUUAUUUUGAUAUUUUUCUCCUAUAAUAAAAGUUCAAAACUCAUUAUUCUCAAUUUUUGAGGCAGUUUAGUAUAUGGGCCGUAUAACCUGAAUAUAGUAUAUAAUGGCCCAAUUACAGGAUUCUGCAAUUUAAUCCAUAGUUUCCACACAUUUCUAUUUGGGUAAUUAUGUCAUAUACGUAUGAGAGCAGGAUACCUAACAUUCAAUUUGAUGUAAAAUUUGUUCACCUAAAGAAUUCCGAUGGAGACUAAAAAAAUGUUUUAACUUAGGUGGGCCAAAUUUGCCUCAAGUAUCUUAUACGUUGGUGGCUGAGCGCUUCCAUCAAUGAUGCAUUGAAAUUCGUUGCUGCUGUAGCACUUCUAAGUCAAUGAUUUAAUCGCCGGUAAUGUGUAUUACGGCCGGAUGACGGCCGCUUGGAUACCUUCUACACAUGAACUGCCGGGAGAGGUGUGCGUUACAAAUGCUGGGCCGAUGGUUGGUGUUAUAUGAUAGGGUGGUGAAGACUAAAUCGGAAAAAGAUUAUCAUUUCGUGAUGUCUAACGUGUCGGUGGUGUUAUCGAAGCAAGCGACAUUACCAUUUUUUGUAGAGAUAAUAUUUUGGGGGAGCGAGUUCCUUUUUGAUUACUUUUGAGACGUGAUAUUGAGAAAAAGAAAUGUUUCCCUUCGAAAUCAUAUGAAUGCCCUAAAACAAUUAUUGUAAGAGUGAACUACAUUGUUUUUGAUACUAAUAUCGAAACUUCUCAACCAAAUGAUAAUCUCCCGUAUCCACAUGUAUAUAUUUCGUAUAUUUAUUUUGAGGCAUUGAACGAAUCGUUUUUUCAACGAUUAUCUAACUGAAUCCAUCCUGUUGUCGUAAGAUACAGGGUGUCCUUAAACUUGACGCCACAGAGAACGAAUUAUGCUAGCGAGGAAAUAUUACUAAUCAAAAUUUUAUGAAAAUGUAUAUAACUUAUCAGGGAAAUUACCAUUUGAGAAAAUAUGUUUCACCUUGAGUGUUUAAUUAAGGAAUCUGAUUCAAAGAAAAUUGUUGUAUUUUUCAUUUUGGAUUUUUUUCAACAAAAUCUGAUGACACGGCAUGUAUUUCGAUGUUUAGUUACCACGUCAAAUUUGAGAACAUCCUUAUUAUAUGAAUGUUUUUAUAUGACACUUUUUGAUGCAUUUAGAAAUACUAUUUUUGCAUUUUGAAUAAUGAAUCAAUUUGGUGAGUUCCAUGUAGAAUUUAAGUACAUUUUGCAGACUGUGAUUAUAUUUUCCAAAUGGAUAAACUUUGUAUUAUGUAAACUGAGAUUAUAUUUCAUUAUAUUAUAUAAGAAACCUA